GCCCAAAGAGUGCAGAAGGUGAUGGUGCAGCCCAUCAACCUUAUCUUCAAGUACUUGCAGGACAGAUCUCAGAUUCAGCUGUGGCUUUAUGAGCAAGUGAGUGUAUGGAUAGAGGGCUGUGUCAUUGGUGCAGAAGAGAUUCAUUCUAAAACAAAGUCAAGAAAACAACUAGGUCAGAGCAUGCUAAAAGGAGAUAAUAAUAUUCUGCUCCAAAGUGUCUCCAUCUAG